AUGUUUCCUCGCCCUCGACGACCAGCCUCGUUCCUCCACAACCCCUCAGCAGCAGCCGCAAACCUCGGUGAUGCAUCCGAAGAAGAAUCUCUAGUAGAAGACAGUCUAAAUCACGCUGGACCUUUCCAACCAUACCGCUCUUUACCCCAACCUAGCCUGUUCACCCGACCUCGACCACCACCAGAGGCAGAUGGAUUCGCAUAUGCUGCUACACCCAGUGGCAUGCCGAACUUGCGGUCGGAGAUCAUACCGCAAGGGAUCUUCAACCAGCCACCAGCACAACCUCCUAGGAUAGAACGACACCGAUACCGACCCCCUUCCCGACCACCGCAGCACCAGCAACAGCAGAGGAUGUUCGGUAGUCCACCAGCCGACGUUUCCGGUUCUGUUUCGGGUUCGUUUAGCUUUGCUCCCCGAACACAGCUCUUGCCUGCAUUUACCGCUCCACAGAUAGCUAGAGGUACACUCUUCCCUUCCUCUCCGCCUCAACAACUAGGGGCGAGUCUGGAUAGUGCAGCAAUAGCGAUCGAGCAACGAAUCCAAGCUGCACGAUCUGCAGCGGGAGAACCGUCGGCGAGAGUUGUUUCUUUUUCCUCUCACCCGCAGGUGACUACACCUCAAAACGCACCAAACGUAGGAAACGCAUAUCCCGAACCCCCACGAAUGCCCGCUGCUGUGCGUGGGAGAGGUGGGCGGAGGGACGGUGCGGAUGCGAGUACAUCCCAUCUCGGCCGUCGUGCCGGUGGGAAUGCGAAUGCUCCGUUUUCGCAUCAACAACAUCAGGUGGUGAUGCCGACAAGGUUGUUCGCUCUCCCACCGGACACCGCUUCUCGCUUCCCACCUUCCCCACAAGCAAUUGCACACCCGUUCAACACGCCUCAACAUAAUCCUCCCCUUCAUAGCCACGAAUAUCAUCAGGCAGCAGCAGCAGCAAGUGGCCCAUCAACGUCGAUUUCAAUCUCAGCAGAUCCGACAAAUACAACCUCCCAUUCAACCUCGCAUUCGACGGAAUCGCCUGAGGUAGUGAGGUUGAGAAAAUGGGAUGGAACCCAAACAACCGUUCCGAGUUACAUUCUGUCUCGUCAAGCGGAGAACGUUGUAGAGGACACUUUCGAGUAUGAUACUGUGCAUCGCUUUCAUCCUCGCCACAUCCUUGAUCGGCAAAAGAAUCGUGUUACUGGAGAGGAAGGCGAAGGAAAGGAAGGGGAAAUCCAAGAUGUGGAUGCACUACAAGCAAUACUAGAGACUCAGUUGGGGUUGAGGGGUAUGCAUGGUUGGUAUGGAUACACGUACACGAAUCCCAAACCACCUACACAGUCUACAAAGGCGGUACAAGAAACGGAAGAAGAACCCAACAGCAGCACCGGUGGGAGAACUUCAAGGAAAAGACGUCGUUCGAACUGCCCUUCCUCACCACCUUCAUCAUCCCCCACCACCCCUUCCACUACCAGAGCAGAGGAAGAAGAAGAAGAAGAAGAAGAAGAAACGAGCCCAAUAGUAGUAUACGACACAUUCGGACGCAUCCGUGGCACAGUCGUCCUCCCAUCCUACUCCAGACGAGGGGGACCACACUUCCCACUCCCCUCGCCCAAGGAAACUUUUGGAAUCAGACACAGCGCUGGUUCUCACUUGGUCUUGACUGCUGGGUCUGCGUUAUCGACGAAAGAGGCAAGACUGGUUGGUCAAGUGGAGUUCGUCAAGGUGCGAUACGAUGAACUACAGACGCCAAAACGCAGUGUGGGAUCAAAGGAAGCUGAAUCCGAAUCAAAAGAGAGGAUAGGAGGCACCGUCAGAUCAGAAACCUUCUACUCCGAGCUGAAGGCGAAACGGAAAGCUUUGACAAAGUUUCAACGCACACACAGACCUGCCCUCCUCAAAGGAUUGCAGAAUGCUUUAUUGGAUAGCACAUCUCUCACUUAUCCUUCUCACUACUAA